GUACCAGAGGAUGUGGGAAUGGAUGUCCUUAAUGAGGCCAUGCUAGAUUCCUCUGCAAUAGAGAUGAGACCUGAACCUCCCAAUUCGCUAGACCUUAAAGGCUCUCAUCCCAGAAGGAUAAAGCUCACUGCUCCAAAUAUCAAUCUCUCUUUGGACCAGAGUGAAGGAUCUGUCCUUUCGGAUGAUAACCUGGACACUCCAGAUGAAAUUGAUAUUAAUGUAGAUGAUCUUGACACGCCAGAUGAAGCAGAUUCUUUAGAAUAUGCUGGACAUGAAGAGCAACCAGUCAUUAAAGAACCUUCUCAAGAAGAAUCUGAAUCCAUCCCAGAAUAUACUGCUGAAGAGGAACGGGAAGACAACAGGUUAUGGAGAACUGUUGUUAUUGGAGACCAGGAGCAGAGGAUUGAUAUGAAAGCAAUUGAACCUUUUAAAAAGGUUAUUUCUCAUGGAGGAUACUAUGGUGAUGGCUUGAAUGCCAUCAUUGUAUUUGCUGCAUGUUUUCUACCGGAUAGCAGUCAAAUGGAUUAUACAUAUGUCAUGGAAAACCUUUUCCUAUAUGUAAUAAGUACUUUGGAGCUCAUGGUUGCUGAAGACUAUAUGAUUGUUUACUUAAAUGGAGCAACUCCAAGGAGAAGAAUGCCCGGACUCGGAUGGAUGAAAAGAUGUUACCAGAUGAUUGACAGGCGAUUAAGGAAGAAUUUGAAAUCAUUCAUCAUAGUUCACCCUUCUUGGUUUAUAAGGACAAUUCUAGCUGUCACACGGCCAUUUAUAAGUUCAAAAUUCAGUAAUAAGAUACAAUAUGUCAACACUUUGGCAGACCUUAAUGAACUAAUUCCAAUGGAAUAUGUAAAUGUCCCAGAAAGUAUUGUCAAGUAUGAUGAAGAGCGAUCCAUUCAGAGAAGAGUAAGACUGGAUGAAGAGCUCAGGGAGGCAUCAGCAAAAGCAAGCUGUCUUUCAAAUGAGCCUGAAAUAACGUCAGUCAAACAGGACAUCAACAUGACCAUGAAAAGUUCUUAAAUUCCAUGGAAAUUGGAGAAGAAAAUUGAUGUUCCUGAGUCUUGAAGAUGGGACAGUUUGGCUUGUCAUUGGAACACUCGGGUCUUCUUGCGCACAAAUCUCUUUUGUUUCCCCAAAGCUGUCUGUGCAAGAAAGACUCCUGGUAGAUUUAACCUUUGUUCUCUGAUCACUUAGUGUUAUUCAGAGCAUUCUGAAAUUAAAGUAGCAGAGGUGGCUGCUACAGCCAGAAUAGUAGCAGAGGUGCAGGUAAUGACUUUGUGUAAUAUUAUAUCAGGAGUAGAUUUACAGUAAGGAAAAUUCUGCAUUUUUGAAUUCCAAAUUAUUUUGCCAUUAAUGUGCCUCACCUGUGAUUUUAUAGUGUGGUUCAGUCUUUUUUGUCUUCUACAUAUUUAUGUAUUAAUGGCUAGAUAUUUUAGCUUCCAUGCAGCAAUGCUGAUCUUCCUUCCUUUUUUCCCCAUGACCCGAUGAUUGAGAUAUCUCCAUAGAUAACAAUCAGAUGGCUGCAGGAAAGAGAACUAACACGGUGCUGCCAUCUAGUGUGUGCAGUCUGGGAUCUUAGAACAUUUCCAAGGAGCUCUGGGUUGCAUACCGUAUUCUUAUAAGAAAAGAUACAGGAUCCCCCAUUCACACACCAUUGGUCAAUAUUUAUGAGUCAAUAUUUUCUGGAUUCUGCAAUUUUCAUGAAACCAGGGCAAAGUUUUACACAGCUUGGGUCUCUUUUUCUUCUGGCUUUGGUCUUGUUUCACCUUGCUUCUCUAAAGUGGCUAACCCUUGGUCAACGUCUGCUUUUUCAUAAUUAAGGUAGGGAAAAAAUGCAGGUAAAUGUAUUAGAAAGCCAGGCAGUUCUAAUCCUUCUAGUCAGUUUCAUACUCCCUGUAAAAUAACAACAAUAAUAGAAAACUCUGCUGGCUUCAUGUUUUCUUUUGAGAAAAGUGAACUCAUUGAACUUUUGCCUCUUCAGGUUCUUAAUCUCAUUCCCCCCUCCCCACGCUCCCCCAAGUUAUAGUCCAGCCUGCAGUGAUGUUUUGAACUAUUGAAAAAAGUGUCCUGUGGGAAAUGCCACCAUGCUAUCCUUUGAAGAUCACCAGAAGAGGAUAUAUUUUAAAUAGAAAAAAAACUAUGGUAAUUUCGACCUGUAACAACUUUUUUGGGGAGGACAAAUGGUUAGAUAUGCCAAACAAAAAACAAAAUAAAAUAAAACCCCAGGUUCCUGCAAAAAUGGCUAGAGAUGCAAAUAGUAAUAAUAAUAAUAACUGGCUACUUGUGGCCUAUCUGUUCUCAGUAUUUUGAAGCUGGCAGAAGUGAAGAUAAUUGAAAAUUUGGCUUCAAAGUUGGUUAUGAGAUAUUGUAAAGUGGAAAAAGGUUGCUUGUUAUGGAAGUGUCCCAAGAUUAGUUAUUUCUUGGCUCUUUUAAUAUAUAAAUGCAGAGUAUUUCUUGGGGAAAAAAGGAAAAGCUUUUAAGUGAGUUUUAAGUGAGAUCCUAAUGUGAUUCAGAGCCUUCACAGAUGUUGAUUUGGCACUGUUAACUGCCAUUGCCCUCUUUUGGCUCCUAUAAAUUUUGUGCUUUUUUAUUGUUUAAAUUGCAGAUUGGGAACCAUUCCUAUUUUUUUUUUUAAAAAAAACUUAAUUAUGUAGAAGUAAUUGUGAAAAAAGCCAAAAGUUCAAUGUUCUCUCAUAGCCUAAUAAGUGGAGAGAGGGAUGACUACAUAUGAGAACAUAUAUGGAUAGAAAUAAAACCCAAUACAUGGAUUCAAUAAAGCUAAAACCCUUUAUAAAAUGAUAGGAUAAUGUUCUGAAACAUUGGUACAAAAUAAAGUAAAAUAAUAUUUUGAUUCCUAUAAUAGUAUUCAUGGCUAUCAUAGCAUCAAGUCAACAUUUAUUGUUAAUUAUUGCAUCAGCCAGUCAUAGAAUAGCAUUCAUAUAUUAAGGAGAAAGCUUAUACAUUUUGAAAAAUGCUAGUUAAUUUCAAAGCAUGGUGACCAAGGAAUCAUUGGAUGGACUGAAGUUUAUUGUUAGGAAUUAAUAGCAUUAUAUUUAGUUAUUUAAUAAGCAUAUUUAUUUAAUCAAACUUUGCAGUAAUAAAAGGCAUAACUUGUUCAAAAGAAUUUAUUAUAAUAAGCUUAAAAACCACACAGUGCUAUCAUCAUCUUGUAGCAAUAUAGCUUUCCAUAGAUUUAGAUAUACAUAAUGGCAUCUAAGGUCAUUUAUAUUAUUAUUAUUAAUCAUUAAUAGUCAUGCUGAAUAGAAGUGACCUAGAGCACCUAUGUUUGCAGUUUUCUCCAUUGAUAUACCAUUCAGAAUAUAUUGUUCAUCUCCUGGGGAAACUAUGAAACAUAUACUGUACAUCAUAAAGAAGCAGAAAGUCAGCAUAUAAAUCAUGAAAGUUGGGGGGGAAAGGCUUGCCUCCAUUUUAAUAAAUGGAAUUUUGUUUUAAAAUUUUAUUUUAUCAUUUAUGAGAUUAUAACUAUAAAUUAGGUUAUUAAUUUAUUAAUUUAAUAAUUUAAUAAUCUUUCUUGUCUUUACCUCAUGUUUCGUGCUUGUAAUCGUAUCCUGCAUAUUUACUCUGACUAUGUCUCAGGUCUUCUUGUAUUAUUGAUAUCAAACUUAAUCAAAUUUGGAGACUACUCAUCUCACAGAGCAAGUUAUUAUUUUUAAAAUGUAAGUUUAAAUCUUUAAAUUGAAUCAUUAGACUUUAAAAUAACACUAGAAUGUUAAAAUUGUAUUCCUUGGAAAAGGCAUUGGUUUAAACCACAGUGGUGUUGUAAUAAUGACACAUGCAUCAUAAUGUCAUCUUACAAAAAACAUGAUUAUGUAAUUAUGUUAUGAAUCACAUCAUAAUGCAAGCACCUGAUUGUUUUGUUUUCUAUUCUGUAUUCUUAAAUUUUUAUUUAGUAUUUUUUAAAAGAACAAGCAAGCAAUGAGAAAAGAAAAAAAGAUACAAAACAUAUUUAUAUGUGGACAAAAGGUAUUACCAAGAUUGUACAGUUCGUGAUUACUAUAUUUGUAUGACUCUGUACUUUAAAUCCUCCCAAGUCCUUGGAAAAUAGGAUGAUAUAAACACUAAUACAAAUAAAUAGAAUAAAAUAAUAAUAAUUUGCACAAAACCAUCAUGGCAUGCAUCUCAUCACUUGCUGCCUCUUGCCAUCCCUUCAGAUGUCUAUGUUCCUUGAUACCACACAAAUCAUCUUAUCAGCUCUUGGGAAUAGCAUCCUAUUCAGUUUAGGAUUUCUGCUUUGUUUAUCACUUAUUUUUAAUUUCUGUUUAGUAUUUUAACACUCGGGACUGAGCUGAAGUUUUCAAAAGUUUGUUUUCUUAAACGUUGCCUUCUAAUUUUGAUGUGUGGCAUCAUAUUUAUUUAUUUUCAUUUUUGUGUUUGUGUUGUUGCUAAGCUUGAAUUUCCAUUUAAUGUUUUGUGUGCAACCAUGGCUAUAAAGUUAGGAGCAGCCAUCAAGUGGCUUUCAGAUUUCAGUGGCUGAGAUUUUAAGAGUUAUUAAGAGUUGAGUUGUUUACAUCUUGGUUCCCAGGAAGCCUACUCCUUAUCCUUUUAUUUAGUAAGUGAAAGUUAACAUUUUUAAAGUUAGCAUUCAAAUAUUAAGAUUUGUAUCUUAAUGAGCACUCCUGAUUUGAAUCCUCAACGUGGAUCCCUGAUAGCUGUUUAGAUACUACCACCCAGAACAAGAGAGGGUCAAUUACAUAGAUGUUAUUGCAAAGCCAGUUACUCUCCACAAGUAUUUGUAAACUGUUUGUACUAAGAAACAAGCAUUUUGAAGGAUGGGGUGAUUUGUAGUAUUGCCAUGAGCUAUGUCUCUGAACAGUAUAUCUUGUUACACACUAUAUUAAGAGUGAAUAAGCAAAAACAGUCCUGUAAUUAGUACUUCAAUUAUCAUUAGAGCCAAAGUACAUCCCGGUGGGCUACUUGAGUCGUACUCAGAUUAUUUGGAAAACUGCAAUUAUACAAAUCAACAUGCCUUUACAAAGUUUGUAAUCAACUUUGUAUUGUUUCUCAACUCUGUUUAAAUUCAGAACUGAUGGCGCUCUUUAAAAAUCCUCAUGUGGGAGGAUGAUGACAGGGUCAGAUUCCCUUCACUACCACUUAUGAAUAGAUAUUGUUUACUCUUCUCGUUUUAACAUCUCCUGGGAUCACAGUGAAUCUGUGGAAAUGAUCAGCUUGCAUUGGUUUGAAUAAAAAAAGCAGCGUUGUACACAAAGGGGGUUAUACGGAUGGAGAAGGAAUCAGUGUAUCUUCAAGUAAAUCAUCCUAAGGGUAUAUGUGCCUUGGGGGUCGAUUUUGAGCUGUUGUAUGUACGUAUGUACAUUUGUGUACACCCACACACCCACACACACACACCUGUGUUGAAUUCUUACAUUCAUAUUGCUAAUUCUUUUUGAGACAUGCUCUGUAUAAAGUUUUAAACAGGCCAUAUUUAUGGAAUUUCCAAAUAAUCCUUAACUUACAACAGUCAUUAGUGACUUUCCAAAGUUACAACAGACCCCUAAAAAUGGGAUUUAGAAGUUUGACAUUCUGACAUCUAAGCCCUUGUUGGAAUGCAUUUGAGUGUAAGUAGCUCAGGUUGGUAGUUGGGCUGUUGGUUGGAGGUCUGAGUUUGGCAAUUUGGUUGCAAACGUUUCCUCACUAUUCGAGCAGACAUCGUCAGUGGAUUGUCAAUUCAAAGUGCACUGAUGAUGUCUCCUUAAAUGGUGAUGAAACAUUUGUAACCAAAUUGCCAAGCUGAGAGCUCAGGCCAACAGUUCAUCUAAGCCCUCCCCCACAGUCACGUGACUUCAGUUUGGGCACUUUGCAAAUGGUCUUUAGUUACAACAUCCUGCAGUCACAUGACUGUAAAUUUACAACUUUUUCCCCCCUGGGAACUGGUAGUAACUUCAGGUUUCUGGCAUAAAAUGACCCAUAGUGAAAAAUGGGUUUGUUUAUACAGACCACCACAAAAAAAGGUAAUAAAAUAAUAGUUUUGAAUUUUAUGUUAUUUUUUGGCUUUGAGAUUAAUUAAUAGUAAGGAACAGCUUCGUCUGCUCUUACAUGUUAAUCAGAAGUUUAACUUACAGUUCUUAGUGAUCAACAUCAGCUGCUGGAAUUUUGAAUUUGAGAUUUGAUGAGUAGAAUGGUAUGGGAUUAUAGAAAUAAUGUAUAUUAUUAUGAACUUAAGAGUUUUAUGUAUUUUAUCUAUCCCUGUACCAAAGAAAGUUGGAAGUCAU